UCUCAGAAAAUACCUGGCAUGAACAUGCCACGCCAGAGGAGGACCUCAGAGGUUGCCUCGCCUAGGUACAAGGAGUUCUUUGGGACAAUGGAGAACUGAUUCAAUACUGAGAACAAACAUAAUCAGGACAAUACAAAUGUCAUGGAUUGAUUUUAUACUGAUAACAUGAGAGAUAAAAUUAUGAAAUCACCUGAUUUCAAGCAGAAUAGUGAAGAGAAGCAAGUGUCCCAGAACGAUGAUGCCUAUACGCUUGAUUUACAAGAGCCAGUCCGGGACAUAACUGAUGCAAGCAGAACUUUUAAGAGUAAUCAAAGUCAGAAAUCUGCCUCAACGUUUACCCAAAAUCUUCGUACAAUUACUACUGAUAGUUUCAAAAUAACGUUAAAAUACUGGAAACUUUGGAAGAAAUAUGUUGCUAAAAGGCGUAAAUAAUAGAGAGAUUUUGCAAAGAAAAUCAGCUUACUUUGGACUAACAAAGGAACAAAUUAAGGCUCAUAAAUUUCAGAGACUAAUAAUGGCUAUAAACUACAAUGAGCAGUGCAUGCUUAGCAAAGCAUUUGUAUCUUUUCAGAUGUACAGCAAUACAAUGAGAUCAUUGAAGAGAUCACUAAAGUAUGAAGAAGCUUACUCUUCUUCUCAAGAGGAUUGAGAGCAAUAUAGCUCUAAUAUGAAAUUCGAAUAUCAAGAAUCCUCUCCAGAAGCUCCAACUAGGGAUGUUCUAACCCCCAAGCAAGUGGCUGUAAAAUUCCACAGAGAGCAUUUGAUCCUGAAGGGCUUCUAUUCUUGGUAUGCUGUAAGUGGGAACUAAGCCUUCAAUAUAUUUCAAUGAGACUAUUUCAACAUC